CUCGUUUCACGCCAAACCAAAAUAGAGUGUAAUCUCAAAAUAAAUUCUCGUCAGAGCGGCUUCAAAAUCCCAAAUUCUAGGGUUUCAAUUACGGCCCAUCCAAUCAAUUUCUCCCCACAUUGAUUCCUCUCAGUCUCUCUGGUUUUGUAUGAUUCCGAUCUUUAUUUGGAGCUGCAUCGGCGAAUUGAGCUUAAUUCUACAUCUUAAGCUUCGGAUCUUCGCCAAUUGGAAUGUCGGCAUUGUCCAAUGGCUCUCCUUCAACUCCCCAAUCUCAAAUUUCCAGUGAUCUUCCGAAUGAUGCACCAGAAGGAACACCUGUAGAAACUGAUGAAGUAUUAUUAGUUAUUGAAUCUUUGAAAAAAAGAGCUGCUUCUAGACGUGCUGAUUAUGUUAAGAAAAGGGCAGAAGAAAAUGCACAAAAGUUGGAUGAUGUGACAAAAAAUCUUUUUAAGUUGUCAACGGAGAGAAGAAAUCUUAUAGUUCAUGGUGCGGAUAUAAGUGUUGAUCUUUUAUCUAAGAGGAAGCAGGGUGCAAUAUAUAUGCAAAAUGGGAUUCAAACCAACAAGGGGGAUAGUGAUAGCAAUGGUUCUGAAGAUGAUGGAUAUGCCUCUUCUACAAUUCUUCUAGGAUCUAGUAUUGCUGUCAAAGAUGCCGUGCAUCCCAUAAAACUUCCUGAAGUGAAAAGACUACCUCCAUUUACUACAUGGAUAUUUUUGGAUAGAAAUCAGAGGAUGACUGAGGAUCAAUCGGUGGUUGGUCGUAGAAGAAUUUAUUAUGACCAAAAUGGUGGAGAAGCUCUAAUUUGCAGUGACAGCGAGGAAGAACUACUUGACGAUGAAGAAGAAAAAAGGGAGUUUGUGGAGUCUGAAGAUUUUAUGCUGCGUAUGGCUAUCAAAAAAGUUGGCUUGUCUGACAGAGUGUUAGAUUUGCUAGGACAGUGCUUGUCUAGAAAACCCAGUGAAGUCAAAGCAAGAUAUGAAGAUCUUGUGAAGGAAGAAAAUGCAUGCACUUCAAGGAAUGAGAACAUCGAAGGCACUCUAAAUUUAUUUCUUGACAAAGCUCUUGAUGUUGCUCUGGAUUCUUUUGACAACCUAUUUUGUCGUCGGUGCCUUGUUUUUGAUUGUAGAUUACAUGGAUGUUCACAGGAUCUGAUUUUUGCAGCUGAAAAACAAUUACCAUGGUACUCUCUCGACAUGGAUACGGAGCCCUGUGGCCCAAGUUGCUGUCACCUGGCCAUGAAGAAGGAAAGAAAAGCUGGAUUUACCUCCUCUCAGCUUGCUAAUCAUGGAGAAAACCCUGUCCGAUCAUCUGAAGUUGCUAAUAUUCAUGUGCCAGGUAGAAAGCAUCUGUCAAGGAGAUCAAAGUCUUGCCAAAGCGAAAGUGCUUCAUCGAAUGCAAAGAAUAUCUCUGAAAGCAGUGAUUCAGAGAUUAAGCCUUCAAGUAACAUCUCUUCUGUUCAGCAUUCUGCUUCUCCAUCUAACAAAAAAUCUGAUAGUAAAGUGGGGAGCAACAAAAGGAACAACAAGAGAAUAGCUGAACAUGCUGUAGUUGCCAUUAAGAAGCGACAGAAGAAAAUGAUAGCUGCGGAGUCUGGCUCUGUGGCUUCUGGAAGUCUAGCGUCUAAAGACUUGAAUCCCAGCUCUAACUCAGGUAAGGAUGUCGAAGAUGUUAGUUUAUCUUCACCAAAAGCACCAUCUCAUAGUGGUAGAAGGUCUAGGAGUAAAGGCUCUCCAGUAUUGGUUAGUAAAAAUUCUUUGCAAGGUGAGGGUUUCAGUUGCCAAUAUAAAGACGCUACCAGCGAAGAACGUGGGAUGAAUUGUGACGACACAUUGAGGAAAAAUGAGUUUGUGGAUGAGAAUAACUGCAAACAAGAAAUAGAUGGUGACAUAUCUUGGAGACCACUUGAAAAGGCUCUCUUUGAGAAAGGUGUGGAAAUGUUUGGCAGGAGCAGCUGUAUGAUUGCUCGAAAUAUGAUGAAUGGUUUGAAAACUUGUUGGGAGGUGUUCCAGUACAUGAACAAUUUCGGGAAUAAGCUAUCAGGAUUAGGUGAUGGGGUGAAUGGAAUGCUUGAAGGCUCUUCCAAGGGUGACGGCCAAACAAUCAUGGGUAAUCAAGCACGGAGAAGAUCCAGAUUUUUGCGUAGAAGAGGUAAAGUUCGUCGCUCAAAAUACACGUGGAAGUCAGCUGGAUAUCAUGCAACUAGGAAAUGGAUCUCUGAGAGGAAAGAUAAGCCUUGUCGGCAGUAUAAUCCAUGUAAUUGUCAAGCACCGUGCGGAAAGGAGUGCCCCUGCAUCGUAAAUGGAACCUGCUGUGAAAAAUACUGUGGAUGCCAAAAGAGUUGCAAGAAUAAAUUCCGUGGCUGUCAUUGUGCCAAAAGUCAGUGUAGAAGCAGGCAAUGCCCUUGCUUUGCUGCAGACAGGGAAUGUGAUCCUGAUGUUUGUCGAAAUUGUUGGAUCAGUUGUGGUGAUGGGUCUCUAGGUAUUCCUUCACAAAGAGGUGACAAUUAUGAAUGCAAGAACAUGAAGCUUCUUCUCAAACAACAACAAAGUGUUCUUCUUGGAAGAUCUGAUGUGUCUGGCUGGGGAGCUUUCUUGAAGAAUAGUGUUGGAAAGCACGAAUACCUUGGGGAGUAUACUGGUGAAAUAAUCUCACACCAUGAAGCUGAUAAGCGUGGAAAGAUCUAUGAUCGUGAAAAUUCUUCAUUUCUCUUCAAUUUGAAUAAUCAGUUUGUGCUUGAUGCUCAUCGGAAAGGUGAUAAGUUGAAGUUUGCUAACCAUUCUCCUGAUCCAAAUUGCUAUGCCAAGGUCAUUAUGGUGGCUGGAGAUCACAGAGUUGGUAUAUUUGCCAAAGAAAGAAUGUCUGCAGGAGAGGAACUCUUCUAUGAUUAUCAUUAUGCGCCUGAUCGAGCACCUGCCUGGGCAAGAAAGCCCGAGGCAUCUGGUUCUAAGAAAGAGUAUGCUGCUCCUUCAAGCGGCCGUGCUAAGAAGCAUACAUAAUGAGCAUUGAUUUAGUGAUUGAUUGGUUCAUUCUUUUUGCAUCAUAAUAUCAUCUACAUUGGCUAUUUGAUUGACUUGCGAUCAUUUCGUUGGCGUAGACUGGAGAGACCCAUUGCCAUCUCCAGUAUUAUUAAUCAGAUUCUGUUUUUUUAAUCUUUGGCUAGGCUGCUUUCAGCGCCGAGUGUAAUCUUUUAGCGGGAAUAUGAUUACAGGCUUACUGAUCUCAAUUUCAUGGUUUUCAUGUAAAACAAGACAAAGUUGUAGACGUUUAUUUAUUUGCCUAAAUCUGAGUGGAACUCAUUUCUGGGAGCAAAUAGAGGUCAUGACAUGAAUUUCUUGCUGA